UGGGCUGGGGCGGGGGGCGGAGCCGUGGCGAGGCGCUGGCCGCCGGGAGGGAAGGCCCGGGCCCGGAGAGGUGGGUCGGCGGCGGGCCGGGAGCGGAGGCUGGCCCCCGCUGCGGCUCCGGAGGCGGCCCUGCGCCCCGCGCGCUAGCGCCGGGCGGGGCCGUGGCGCUCGCGGCUCUUGAGCGCGCGGAAGGGCCGAGCCUGCGCGCUCCUGGGGGCCGGGGGCUGGCGGCGGGAGGGGCUUCGAGCGGGUCUGCUUUACGUUUCCGUUUUCCUCCUUUCCUCAGGCUCAUCCCCAGACCGGAAGGUGCCGGGGCCGAGCGACGCACAGACCCACCCACUGUGACCCCAGUGUGUUUGGCCACGAGGGCGCCCAUUCCUCCCCGGACCCCGCCCACCAAAGCGGUUUCGGUGUGUGCCUGUAUGGACAUAGCUCCCCAAGAUCCUCGACUCGGUGACGCAGAACCUUUGAGGGUUGGCUGCAAGCCAAACCCCAGCCUCCCGAUGCAGCCCGAAUCCAGCCAGCGUGAAGAGACCCCUUCCCUCUUGUGGGGUUUGGAUCCUGUGUUUCUAGCCUUUGCAAAACUCUACAUCGGGGAUAUCCUGGACUUGAAGGAGUCCCGUCAGGUACCAGGUGUAUUUUUUUACAAUGGGCAUCCAAUAAAGCAGGUCGAGAUCUUGGGAACUGUAAUUGGAAGGAGAGAAAAAGAUGCUUUCUACAGUUAUGGAGUGGAUGACGGCACCGGAGUCAUAAACUGCAUCUGCUGGAAAAAGUCGAACAAUGCUGCGCCUUCAUCAGCAACUACAGCUGCUCCAGCUCUAGGGGUGCUGAACUUAACCUCACAGCUUAAGAAGCUGCAGGAGACCAUCGAGCAGAAGACGAAGAUAGAAAUUGGGGACAUUGUCCAGAUCAGAGGUUAUGUCCACACAUACAGAGAAGAACGGGAGAUUCGUGUCACUACUUAUUAUAAAGUGGAUGAUCCCGUGUGCAACAUUCAAAUCGCGAGGAUGCUUGAGCUGCCCAGUAUCUACAGGAAAGUUUAUGACCAGCCUUUCUGCAGCCCAGCCCUAGAGCAAGAAAGCAGCGAUCCAAGUGCCCUGGACCUUGCCAGUCUCACGCGUUUGCUGAGUGAAAGAGCCAAAGAAUUCCUCGCGGAGAACAAAGUGCAAACCUUUUACCAGCAGGAAUUGGAAAUUGUGGAAUCUCUGUUAUCCCUUGCCAAUCAGCCUGUGAUUCACGGUGCUGGCCCCGAGCAGGGGGAUUCUAAGAGUGACACCACUUCCAAGGCAAUUCAUAGUAUAUUUAAGAAUGCGAUACAGCUGCUGCAGGAAAAAGGAUUUGUUUUCCAGAAAGAUGAUGGUUUUGAUAAGCUAUACUAUGUAACCAGAGAAGACAAAGAACUGCACAGAAAGAUCCACCAUAUCAUUCAAGAGGACUGCCAGAAACCAAAUCACGAGACGGUUUCCUCCCUUCUAACAUCAAGCCUUUCAGUGUUAGGAGAAAUGGUUCUAGACAUUACAGUUUAUGAGAAACCCACCCCCGGCCUUUCAGCCCCUCCGUCCCCAGGGCCUGGCCUUGCUACAGGCUGAGUCAGCGGGUGGAGCUGGACCAGGUCUCCAGCCCUGGUGUUUAUGGUAUGCAGCCCUACUUAGCCUUUAAGAACCGAUGAGGUCAGAUCCUAGAAUGGUGUGACAACAGAUCUUAAAAUAAACUGAAAGCAAUCUAUUAUUUUAAUGCAGAGUUUCUGGCUUUUGUUCACAUCAUUCAGAACAGCAAGGACAAGUAUCCUUCAGUUGGGGGAAGACCUGUCUAUCCACAAUUUAGGGAGCUGUAAAGAGCAGUGAAAUGUGGAGUUCCUCAACCAAGAAGAGACGAGAGGCUGCUCCCCAAAUAGCCUUCCUGCACUCAUCCUCCUGUCGGCCACCUGGCCAGAUCCUUACUUUGAUCUGUACUAGGAACAGGAUGGAUUGAAAUAAUCCCAGUGCCUGGUGAAGCGAAUGAAAGGAAACACUGCAUUUCUCAGGGGAACCAAACUGCCUGGUGGCCUGAGAGUCUGCAAAAGUGGCAGGUUUUCCAUCCUCUCCUAACCCCCACACUGUGCCCCUCAGUCUGUAUGUGGGGAGCCUCUGGCAGCUGUAAGCCAGGCUCCAGAAUGAGGAAACUCCCAGGAGCUGAACUCUGGGGCAUGAGGAACUGAGAAGGCCAGGAAAAAUACCUCGUAGGGACUGUCUGGGCAUCUGUUGUGACCACUCCUUGUCCUAGAAAAUAUCUGUGACAUUAAAUAUAUAUGUAUUCUGAGUAAUCAUGUACGGACAUGGUAAAAAGACAGUGCAGAGUGCACACAGAAAAUCAGAAGCCCUCCCAACCAGAACUCCAGGCUCUAUGUUCCCACGUCCACAGGCAGUCGUUGUUACUAGUUUCCUGCAUACCAUUCUGGAGAGGUUGUAUACACUUCCAAGCACGUUUGUGUAGUUUUGUUUUUUAAAAAAGCCCCACAAGUAAAGGUUAUCAUACGAUGCUCAGCGUUCCACACCUUGUGUCUUAAAUCUGACAUUGGCUUCUAGAAGUCAUUCGGCAAUAGCACAUCUAACACUGCCUCAGUCUUUUGAACACACACAGGAUUCUAUUAUACGUAUGAAUAGGCCUUCAACCUCUUGAUCAUUCCUACUGGGUCUUUAGUGUGUUUCUGACCUUUUGUGCAAAAUAUAGCAUUGAGUGUUUCUUGUCAGGAUUAUCGGUAGGAUGUAAAAUCUUUAAUCGUUGAGGAGUAUUUCAGUAACGGAUAAACUUAGAAUAAGGAAAGGGCUAUAAACCUGAAGCUUGUUUUCAGUCCCUAAAGCACUGACCUUAGGCUUGUCCAAAGACCGGCAGCAUGGCAGAGUUGUGAAGAGCUGGGCUCUGGAGCCCCCUUGCCUGGGUUUGAAUCCCAGCUCUACCACUUUGAAACUGUGUGAUCUUGGAUAAGUCUGUGCCUCUGUUUCUUUUGUUUUCUUUUCUUUUUUUCUUUUUUAAGAUUUAUCUGUUUAU